AUGGGGAACGUUGCCCGUGGUGUAAGGAUACAAGUGAAGUGUAGAGGUCAGCCAGGUCAUGGCUCGUUGUUUAUUGAGGAUACGGCUGCGGAAAAAUUGCAACGUGUUAUCAAUAGUUUCUUGGCAUUCCGAGCGGAACAAAAGAAGAUAUUUGAUUCAGAUCCGGAGCAGAGUGUCGGCAAAAUGAUUACAGUGAAUUUGACUAAAAUUGAGGGUGGUUCUCAAGUGAAUGUCGUUCCGACGGAGUUGACUGCGUGUGCGUGGUGA